CGGCUUUCCAACGGUCGGUCGCUCGUAAACGCGAGAGAGAGAGAGAGAGGGAGAAACGAUGUCGACGGCAGCAGCGGCUCAAAGCCAAGCGCAACAGGCACCGGCGCUGCAGCUCCAGCGGGGGAUUGUCAAGCUGGUUCUCUCAGGUGGUGCAAUCAUUGUGCGAGGGCAGCCACGCGGUGGACCCCCUCCCGAGCGCCAGAUCAACCUCAGCAACAUCCGCGCUGGCGCCUUGGCACGACGUGUCGCCCCGAACCAGCCUGAAGCUAAAGAGACUCCGGAUGAGCCGUGGGCCUGGCCCGCUCGAGAGUUCCUCAGGAAGAAACUGAUUGGCAAAGAGGUGUGUUUUACCGUUGAGUACAAGACUCCCCAGGGCCGUGAAUAUGGAAUGAUGUACCUAGGCAAAGAUACAUCCGGGGAGAACAUUGCAGAAUCCCUUUUAAGCGAUGGAUUGGUUGCAGUUCGUCGAGAAGGAAUUCGAGGAACAAACCCUGAACAAGCCAGACUGUGUGAACUUGAGGACCAAGCGAGGGCUGCCAAGAAAGGGAUGUGGGGAGAUGGAGGUGGCUCUCAAACCAUUCGAGAUCUGAAAUACACCAUAGAGAACCCCCGACAUUAUGUGGAUUCUAACCAUCAGAAACCUGUCAACGCGGUUAUUGAGCAUGUGCGAGAUGGAAGUGUAGUACGAGCAUUGCUACUUCCUGACUAUUACCUGGUGACUGUGAUGCUUUCUGGUAUUAAGUGUCCAACGUUCAAGCGUGAAGCUGAUGGGGUGGAAACGCCGGAGCCCUUCGCAGCGGAAGCAAAGUUUUUCACCGAAUCGCGCCUUCUACAGAGAGACGUCCAGAUCAUUUUGGAGAGCGUGCAGAACCAGGUUAUUCUGGGCACCAUCCUUCACCCAAACGGUAACAUCACAGAGCUGCUGCUUCGCGAAGGGUUUGCUCGCUGUGUGGAUUGGUCGAUGGCUGUUUACACCCAAGGGCCUGAAAAGCUUCGAGCUGGUGAGAGAUCUGCCAAGGAACGCAAAGUCCGAAUCUGGAAGGAUUAUGUGGCACCGACAGCUAACAUGGACCAGAAGGACAAGCACUUUGUAGCCAAGGUGAUGCAGAUUGUGAACGCGGAUGCUGUAGUGGUGAAGUUGAACUCUGGUGAUCUGAAGACAAUCCAUCUCUCCAGCAUCCGGCCUCCCAGGCUGGAAGGUGAAGUAAACCAGGAUCGUAGGAAGCUGCGUCCACUCUACGACAUUCCUUACAUGUUUGAGGCCAGAGAAUUCCUACGGAAAAAGUUGAUCGGCAAAAAGGUCAAUGUAACAGUGGACUACAUCAGACAAGCCACCGCUUCAACAGAUGUCACCCCAGCAUUUCCAGAGCGCACAUGUGCCACAGUUACUAUUGGUGGAAUCAACAUCGCGGAAGCCCUGGUGAGUAAAGGUCUGGCCACUGUGAUCCGCUAUCGCCAGGAUGAUGAUCAGAGAUCCUCGCACUAUGAUGAAUUGCUUGCUGCGGAAGCCAGAGCCAUAAAGAAUGCCAAAGGACUGCACAGUAAGAGAGAGGUUCCUAUCCACCGCGUGGCAGACAUAUCUGGGGAUACACAGAAAGCCAAACAGUUCCUACCAUUCCUGCAGCGAGCCGGCCGGUCAGAGGCUGUGGUUGAGUACGUCUUCAGUGGGUCUCGCCUGAAGCUCUACAUGCCAAAGGAGACUUGUCUCAUCACCUUCCUACUCGCAGGUAUCGAGUGUCCCCGGGGAUCGAGGAACACCCCCACCGGGGUACAGGAAGGGGAAGCAUUCAGUGAAGAAGCCACACUGUUCACCAAGGAACUGGUGCUGCAGCGCGAGGUGGAGGUGGAGGUGGAGAGCAUGGACAAGGCGGGGAACUUCAUUGGUUGGCUGCACAUAGAGGGAGUCAACCUGUCGGUGGCCCUGGUGGAACACGCUCUGUCUAAGGUGCACUUCACGGCUGAGAGGAGCUCCUACUACAAGGCCCUGGUGUCGGCAGAGGAGCCCGUCAAGAUCAAGCGAGAGAAGGUCUGGUCCAACUAUGAGGAGCAGCCCCUCGAGGAGGCAGUAUUGCAGGUGGCGGAGGAAAAGGAGCGCACCACAAACUACAAGCCCGUCUUCGUCACCGAGGUCACCGACGAUCUCCAUUUCUACGUCCAGGACGUGGAGACCGGCACACAGCUGGAGAAGCUGAUGGAGAACAUGAGGAGUGAAAUCGCCAGUUACCCCCCAGUGGAGGGAGCCUACAUGCCGCGGCGAGGAGACUUCUGCAUCGCCAAGUUUGUGGACGGCGAAUGGUACCGAGCUCGGGUAGAGAAGGUGGAAAGCACAGCCAAGGUCCACGUCUUCUACAUCGAUUAUGGCAACAGAGAGACACUGGCCUCCACACGCCUAGGAUCGCUCCCACCAUCCUUCAGUACCCGUGUCCUCCCCCCACAUGCCACCGAGCACACCUUUGCCUUUGUACAGCUCCCGAACGACGAGGAAGCCAAGGCUGAUGCUGUGGACAGUGUGGUGAGGGACAUCCACAAUAUACAGUGCCUUCUGAACGUGGAGUACGCGGGGCUGUCCUGCUCCUGCGUCACUCUGCAGUUCACGGACUCCAAGGAUGAUGUGGGGCUGGGGCUGGUCAAGGAGGGGCUGGUCAUGGUGGACGCCCGCAAAGAGAAACACCUGCAGAAAGUGGUGAUGGAAUAUCUGAACGCUCAGGAGAUGGCCAAAGCUGCCCGGCUCAGCCUGUGGCGUUACGGUGAUUUCCGAGCUGACGAUGCUGACGAGUUUGGAUACCGGCGCUGAACCCAGCGUCAAGAUCCCCCCUCCCCACCAUCUCCCCCAACCCCCAACACCACCACCACCCUCUCCUCUCCGGGGGCAGGGGGUACUAAUCAUGUGGCUGUCGAUGGUCAUUGACUAUAAUGAUGGUAAUUAAAUGCCCGC